UUUUUUCUUGUUGUUCAGCUUUAUUUUUAAUGUUUUUUUAUCUAAAUAAAGAGAGUUUCGCAUGGAAAGAGCUAGUACAGUAACAUACUUGAAAUGAGAAACAGCAGGUGAUUGGACUGGAGGAGUUCGGAAGGGAGGGUGAGGGUCCAGCACGCCGGGCGCAUCCACUGUUCUAUUUCCCAUCUGAGGUAAGAGGCUCCCCAGAUCACGGCUAAACAAGAUGCACGGACGUCAAGAUGGCAGUAUAUACGCAUGGUCAGCUCAUUCCUUCUCUAGUCGGUGGAAAAUUCAGAAUACCAAUGGUCACUGAAAUCAUAAAGAAAAAAAUUGAGGAUCUUAGAAAAGACAAGACUUUAAAUAUACCUGGAACUUUAUCCUUUGGAGCAACCGCUGGUAUAUCUGGAAUAAUAGCAAACUGCAUUUUCAGAUUGUGUUUCAAGGUUAAAUAUGAAGCUUUCAAGACCUAUGCAUCACUGACUACACUUCCAUUCCUGUCUACCAUAGUUACUUACAAGCUCUUUGUAACUGAUGCUUUGCAAUCAGGUAACAUAAGCAAGGAAAACUGCGUUCUGAGAAGUUUACUGACUGCCGCAGUAUGUGGUGUUUUAUAUCCCAGUGCUCUGGCUUUUUAUAAAAAUGGAUGUUUGGCAGUCAAGCCCAAGAUGGAAAAUCAUAAAGCAAGUACUGUCAAAGAAAACAUACUUUUUGAUAUCAUAACUAGAAAAAUUAGCCAACUUCCCGAAUCAGACAGGAAUCUACUUGAACAUGGAUCAUUAUAUAUUGGACUUAAUGCUGGUUUCAGUGGUCUAAUAGCAAACAGUCUUUUUCGGCGCACCUUGCAUGUGACACAAGCUCGAAUAGCUGCUGGCUUACCAAUGGCAGUGCUCCCAUUUUUGACAGCGAAUGUGUCAUACUAUACUUUUGUUAGCUUACCUCUGAGUGCAGGUGAUCUGAAUUGUGAAACCUGCACAGUGACACGGGCAGGACUAGCUGGUUUUGUUCUAGGUGGUCUGUAUCCCAUUCUUUUGGCUAUUCCUGUGAAUGGUGGCCUAGCAGUCAGGUAUCAGACAACUCCUCUGCCACAGAGAGGAAACAUCUUAAAUUACUGGAUUAGAGUUUCUAAGCCUGUCUUUAGAAAGAUGUUAUUUCCCAUUAUACUUCAGACUGUGUUUGCGGCAUACCUUGGGUCUAGACAAUAUAAACUACUUAUAAAGGCCCUUCAAUUGCCUGAACCUGGCCUAGAAAUGCCUUGAUUUUAAGCAAGUAUGUAUAAUAAAAAAAACUUGUGAAAACAAGCUGUCUCUAAUGUUAAAAAUACAGGCAUAAUUUUUCAUGAGGUCCAACUCUGUGACCCAAAACAAAAGACUACUGAGCAACAAAAGAUGGAACCCCAGGGAAAACCACCCUUUACCUAAGGGGCAUGACUUCAAGGCUGGAAUAUAAAUUAGUGGCAGAGAGAUGGCUGAGACCCCAGAUUCAAUCCUUAACACAA